AAGGCAUCAUCAUGGUCCAGGCUAGGGGUCGGUGCGGCUGUGAGUCGGCAUAUCCGGAUAAAUUUGGAGUGGCAGGCAGCAGAAUGAUGCUAGUCUUGGACGCCGUGUCGUCGUCCGAGCGCAAUGGCAAGAGACCGCGCGUAGGGCUUACAACGACCUUGCAGUGUCGGAUAGGAAUUAGUAUAAGAAGGGUCCAGGGCCGUUAACAGAGAGUCGGACAAGGACGACCGAGGAGCCGGCAACCCUUGUACUUGCUAAGCGCUCAACCUUUUCAGGAUGCACUUGAGCCACGUCCUCGCUUUCCUGGUGCAGGCCGCUGCGCUUGUCGCGGCUGCAGAUGAGCCACCAAAGGUCAAGUGGACUCUUCACAAGAGCUGUUACGGAGACAUGGCGCUCCGUGAUGCCAUCCUCUUGGGAAUGGAAACCACCAAGGGCCGCGCCGUGGCUGCCUCCGCCAAGGUCCUGGAUACCAGCAAUGAAAAGGUGCAGGCUGCCGUCAAACUUCUUCUCGGAGGCGACGGCGAGAAAGCCAGGGCCGUCAGCGAACAGUUCGGCCUUUAUAAAGGUCUCGAGGGGCCGAUAGGGGCCCCUCAGGAUAAGAACGCGCUGACCGGGGCCAUCUACCUCGACUCUGAUGAGUGGAAGGCCGUGGCCAAAGGCAACGACAAACACUACCUCAAUUUUGUCCUUUACUGCGCACCGGAUCUUCUGGAGGAGCGGGACGAGUACGGCAAUAAAAUCUGGACUGACCUUGGACGCCAACGACGGUUCACCCUUGGGGGGACGCUGGUGCAGAUGAAGGAAGAAUCGGACAGAAAUGCCUGGAGAAACCCAGAGUCCAAGAUCCUGGGCCUCACGGAAACCGACAAGCCUGCUCAGCGGGACGGGAGCGGUGUCCCGGUGGGCGACUUGAAGAAGAUUGCCGAGACCAUCACGCUCCACCCGCUCUGGCUGCGGGAGAUGAGGGACCACGCUUAUGAUUUGCUGACUGCGGAGAAGCUGGCCGAUAUCAAGAAGCCGUCGGCUUGGCGAACGUUUCUUCAACGCCUCAAGGAUGCGCAGCCUCUGGCACGGCCCAUCGACGCCCUGAUGGGACUCGAGGGAACGCUCCACCAUGAGACUUACCACUUGACUUCAUUUGGCAAGUUGAUCGACACGCCCGAGGGCGCAGGUGCGUACGGCUGGGUCAACAACCAAAAGGCCAAAAACAUUAAGAAUCCGGAUCUGCUGGCGUAUCUGGCGCUCAUCAUCGACCUCGUGGACAACAAGAGCUGCAAGAUCAACGAGAGGGGCGAGGUAACUCCUCCAUCGUAGCUGGAGCGCCUGCUUCAAUAUGUCGCCGCGCUGUGUCGGUUCGAGUCUGUCUGUUACUUGAUACGAGCGUUCAAUGUACGCUGUUAGAUGAAUAAGUCUGAUCUGUGUAGUUUCCUCUCAGUUUCCCCUUGUCUGACAUUGCGUGGGAUAGAGGCCUUGUCAAACAACGUGCGCCAUGCGGCAGACCGCGCAUCAAGCAACGCCUCCAUGUAGCUCCCCAGGCGUACAGGCACCGCUCGGUUUUGCAGUGGGGACUAUAUGUGGUGACUGAUGUGGCAUUCAUUCUAUAAUUCAAGCGCAGGAAC